AUGGCCAACAAUCUCUUGUACGCUAACGAGCACUUCGUGAAACUAGGAGACGAGCGCAAAAAGGGCACCUUCACGGGCGUGCGGUCGGAAUAUGGGGGAAGCUUCCGUCAUCCGUCAAACCGGGGAACACCCGGCAUGGGGAGCGCACCGGCCACCGGCAUUCCCCUGAGGGAGAUUCUGAGGGACAAGAUAGAGGAGCGCGCGGGCGGUGCGCACCACGCGCUGUGGUGGCUGCGCGUGCGGACUCGGGAGCGGGCGGACGGCGACGGCGACGUGUACGUGGACGACCUGCUCCAGCUGCUGUACCACUACAACGUCCCUGGGUGCUCGAUGGAGGAGUGCCAGCGCGAGUGGGAGCAGUUCGUGCGCCGCGUGCUGCCGGAGGGCCGCGCCCCCGUCAUGACAGCCCUCCGGCGUAUCGCGCCCGAGCUGUACCCCGCCGCGCCGGACGACACGGCGCAGAGGGAGCUCUCGUACUAA